AUGGCCCUGAAUAUCAUGACAGAAAGAGGAAUAGUCAAGUCUUUAUGGCUUACGCUUACAAUAUCCAAAUUCAGUGGUAGUAGUAGAAACUUUAACUACAAAGACAAUUUUCUUUAUUUUAUAUUUUGGCACAACCUUGAUGUGGCUGGGCUAAAGAGGCUUUAUGAAUGGGCUCAGCCGCUGCUAGUGAAGUUUAUUCAUGACAAUCACGCAGAUCGUUAUUGCUGUAUUGUUAUGCAAGAUUUUUUGAUCUGGUCAAAGUUGAUCUGCUAUAGUGAAGAAUUAUUGGACUCCGAUAUUUUUUUCAAAAGGCAAAAACUUUGUCGGAAAUGUCAAUACAAAAAAACCGUCGCUCAUGGACACGGAGAAAGUGUUUCUGAAAAGAACUGUGCAAGCAGCUUGUUUGUAGUGACAUUUCCGACAAAGUUUUUGACUUUUGAAAAAGUGCGGUGUUCCAAUUUAAUAGCAGGGGAAGAGAAAUAUUGA